GUAUGCUAUGAGGUAAGACUAUCGAAUGGUGACUGCUCCGCGGACAUACUAGCCACAUCUAGUAACCCGUACCGCGGACAUUCCGCAGCUUUUGAAGUAUUUAAAGCCACCCAUGGACGAACAUGAUAAACACUCAGUCAGCAAAACUACCAAUGCGAACACAGAUUCUAAGAAGAAUGUCUGAUCAUCGAAAGGUAUGUCUGAACUUAUAAAUCGAUUAUCCCUUUACCAACCGUCCCAGGCAAUCAUUAUCGGAGGAGGUCCUGCAGGUCUCUCGACCGCGCUCCGUCUCCACCAAACCACGAAUAUCAAAUGCAGCAUUUAUGAACUGCGACCUGAGCCGACCACCCUCGGCGGCGCAAUCGGCAUCAUGCCUAAUGGCCUCCGACUGUUCUCCCGUCUAGGUGUCUAUGACGCUCUUCACGCGCGAGGUAGCAGCCAAAGUAACCUCGUCAUUCAUUCCGCACAAGGCGGGAUUGUAGGCGAACAGAAGGACAUGGUCAGUUACGCACGCGCGCAGACAGGUUUUGGGUAUCUUCGAAUAAAGCGAACAGAUCUCGUAGAUGUUCUUCUGGAUGCGGUGUACAAUGCCCAAAUCCCCAUCUAUUUCAACAAGCGGCUCACCACUAUUGACGACAAUGGUGACUCUGGCGUGACCGUGAGGUUUUCCGACGGUAGCGCUGAUAAAGCAGACAUCAUAAUCGGAUGCGACGGUAUUCACUCUUGUGUGCGCCGUCUAUACGUUGAUCCCGACCAGAAGCCUGAAUACUCCGGGUUUUCGGGCUUGUUUUCGCUUGUUCCCACGUCGAGGUUGUCUUCCUCUACCGCAGCCCAGCUUUCGGGGAUCGGUGCAACAUUGACAGAGCAAGGGAUGUUUAUGGUAAUGCUCGCCACGGCAGCUGGAGAUGAGGUAGCUUGGGGUUUGUCGCAGGAGGUCCCGUUGCCGGACUCCGGGGAUAGUCGAGAUGGGUGGGAGGUGUAUCGGCAGAAGGAGGUGAAUGAGUUCAAAUCGAAUAUGCAUCAAAUAUUGGAAAAGGUGCAUGGAAAUUGGGGAGACUUACUCAGACAACUUGUUGACAACACCGACGGUAUACAGUUCUAUCCGGUUUACCGACUGCCACUUGGCGGUACUUGGUAUAAGGGUCGGUGCGUGCUUCUUGGUGAUGCGGCGCAUGCAAUGCAGCCACACGCGGGACAGGGCGUCUCUAUGGCGCUGGAAGACACGUUUCUGCUUGCUCGCUUACUGGAGGACCCAAGUCGGCCUGUGGUGGAGGUGUACAAGAAAUUCGAUGAGAUCAGGAGACCCCGAGUGAACGAGAUCUACAAGCUCGCUUCCCGAAACGUGAAGGCGCGGAAGACAACAGGGCCUUGGGUCUUGUGGUCGAAGGAAGUUGUGGUUGGCAUGGCGUUUUGGGCUUCUUGGGCUUUAGGGUUGGAGAAGUGGGGAUGGGGACAGAAGCAUAUGGCCUAUGACAUUGAUACGGAGGAAAUUUCAGAAGGUUCAGGCAUUCGCUAUUAAUUUUCAUAGCCAUGUAUUUCUUUUACUGCUUUAGGAAUAUUUGAUUAGCGUUUACAUCCUAUUUCGAUAGUCCUAAUUCACACAGCGGUAUUUUGCUAACGCACCGGCAUGAUCGCUUAGACAGUGGAAACAUUCUCGACAGAGGAAGCAGACACACAAAUACGCAGGGUUCUCCUCACUGAAUGGCUUGUUCAGAGGAAAGUCUACCGCUCCAUAGCUACCAAUAGCCCUGCAACAAAAACACGGCGCCCAGGGUGGAUCCUUGUUUAUUGAGGAAAUAAAUUCCCCUGACGUCAAAUAUCCAGCCACCAAGAACCUAAACAGCAGUCCAGCGCCAUGUGGCGUCAAGCCAACAACGCUUUCUGAGACCUCUCUCGCGCUAAUUCCGUGUCACUUCAGCUCUCAAGGGCCUGUGCACUUGUGCCACCCGAGAGCCUGAGAUCGCGUUUUGUUUUCCCCCAUGGAUACACGUCGUCUAUAAUCGACCGAAGUUUACCAACAAAGUUCCGGUACCAGGCUCCAUCCUUGAAGCCAAACAUCACUCUAGACAAACAAUUAGAUUAGGGCGGAAGUCUUGGUAUAAAAUGGUAUAGCAAGGGGGAAC